AAUUUCUUUUUGGCCAAUUAAUUUUUGUGGACUUGAAACGAUGUGUAGUUGACUUGACUUUGCUAGUUCGAUUAAAAACCAUCUGCCCCCGGUGCCAAUUUGCAGUUCCGGUCAGACGUCAGAGAAUCGCUGACUUGCCAACAGCACGAUGUAUACCCCGUGCAGCAAGUACGACGUGUUCUUGAGCUUUAGAGGCGAAACACGCAAGGGCAUCACGGACCACCUCAACUGUACAUUGAAAGACAACAAGUUCAAUGUCUUUCUGGACGAGGACGAAUUAACUAGAGGGGAUGCUAUAACAGAAAAACUGAAGCAAGCAAUCAAAGGGUCCAGACUUGCUGCCAUCAUGUUCUCAAAGGGGUAUGCGGAGUCCAGAUGGUGUCUUGAGGAGCUGGUGGAGAUCAUGGAGUGCAGAAGAACACUGGGUCAACUUGUUUUUCCGAUUUUCUACGAUGUUGAUCCUUCAGAUGUCAGGCAUCAGACUGGUAGCUUUGCAACGGCGUUUCAGAACCAUGAACAGAAGUUCAACGAAGAAGAGGUCCGAUCGUGGAGAAAUGCUCUUAAUACAGCUGCAGGGUUGAGCGGCGAGGAUUUUCGAGUGACUGAUGGGCAUGAAGGAACGUUUAUCAGGAAAGUUGUUGGCCAGAUCGCUAGAAAACUGAAGAAAGCAUGCUUAAAUGUAGCCAGAAAUCCAGUUGGAAUAGAUUCUCGUGUGCAAGAAAUCAGUAAUUAUUUAGAUGUUGGAGGAUCCAAUGAUGUUCGCAUAAUUGGAAUUUGGGGGAUGGGCGGACUAGGUAAGACAACGAUUGCAAAAGCUAUUUUCAACAAUUACCAGCACAUGUUUGAUGGUACAUGUUUUCUUCGAAAUGUGAGAGAAGAUAAGAAACUGGUUGAUUCGCAAAACAUACUUCUGUCUAAUAUCUUGAGAUCGGGCAACAUAAAGGUGAGCACGGUUGAUGAAGGGACUGAGGAGAUAAAAACAAGACUUGGAAACAUAAGGGCUCUUGUCAUAAUUGAUGAUAUAGACUGUGUGACACACAUAAAUACAUUAGCUAUAAAACGUGACUCGUUUGGUCCAGGAAGUAGAAUUGUUAUAACAACAAGAGAUGAGCAUUUGUUACAGACGCUUGAAGUGGAUAAGAUAUGUUCUCUGCCGGCAAUGAAUAAAGAUGAAGCUCUUGAGCUCCUUAGUCGGUGUGCCUUUAGAAAGAAUUAUCCUAAUGAAGAAUAUCUCGAAGUCUCAAGAGAAGCUGUUGAUUAUUGUGGGGGUUUACCACUUGCACUUGAAGCUGUAGGUUCUUACCUACGUACAAAAACCACAAGAGAAUGGACAAGUGCAUUGAACAAAUGGAAAAGAUCACAGCCUUGUCAGGAAAUUCACAAAAUUCUGAAGGUAAGUUAUGACGGGCUUACUGAUGGCCAGGUGAAGGAUAUAUUCCUUGAUAUAUCCUGUUUCUUUGUUGGAAUGAACAAGGACCGUGUCAUGGCAAUAUUGGAUGGGUGUGACUUUAAUCCAGCAAUAGGCAUUAGAGAACUCCAUGAGCGAUGCCUUGUAACUGUUGAUCUAGAAAGCAAUCUGAUGAUGCAUCGUUUGACUCGAGACACGGGCAGAGAAAUCGUACGUGCAAAAUCCCCUAAGAAGCUUGGAAGUCGUUGUAGAUUGUGGGAUCAUGAAGAUGUAAAACACGUAUUGAGGAAGCAAUGUGGAACGGAAGAAAUUGAAGGAAUUGCUUUAGAUUUUCCAGAAGCUGACAAGCUUAGCUUCAGUACAGAAGCAUUCAGAAAUAUGCGGAACCUGAGAUUACUCAAAAUAAAAGGCGUAAAUUUCACUGGACACUGUGACCAUCUUUCUGAAGAGUUAAGAUGGUUGAGUUUGUCUGAGUUUCCUCUGCAGGCCAUACCAGAAGAUUUUAAUCAACCAAACGUAGUUGACAUUGACCUGAGUUGUAGCAAUAUACAAGUCUGGAAGAACUCCAACGUGUCACUUGAAAAGUUGAAGUUUCUCAAUCUUGGUUAUUGUGAUCACCUGAAAGAAUCACCAGACUUUACAAGAAUCCCAAAUAUUGAGAGAUUGAUACUCGAAGCCUGUAAGAGUUUGUCCAAGAUUCACCACUCCGUAGUACAAUUGAAGAACCUUAAGUAUUUCUCUGUUGCGAAUUGCAAAAACCUUCGGGAAAUCCCAGAUUUACCAACAAAUUUGGAAAUCCUGAAAGCGGAUGAGUGCAUUGCAUUGGAAAAG